AGCAGUUGAAGCUUGUUCCCCCGAGGCUCACUUGCGAUUAAUAGUCGGCCAUCGCGCGAAACUGGAGUGAUACGCCGUUAACCCUUGCGUCUAGCUGUGUUCCACUCCGUGGCUGUCUCGCUCGAACACGAAUUCAGCGCGGGAAAUGAAGCACACGGCAGUGCCGCGCGUAGCGGCGACAUCAGCUGAUCACGCCGGCUUGCUUCCCUUUGCUUCAACGCAACGAAACAUCAUGCCUUGCAAGAUGACAUACUGCAUUACGUAAAAGUGUAGUCAUCCUGCGAUUCACUGAGGACGUACAUACAACUAUUGUAGAGUUUUGCUUCAGCGGCAAGUAUCGACCGUAAAGCCGCACUACUAUGUCCGUGGUAGAAGCAGUAGAAACCUGUCGUCUGCUAGAACAAAAAGAAAAAAAGAUCUACUGAAAAACCAUUUACCUUGUCUCGGAUAAAUUUUUCUUCAAGAUAAGUCAUUAUUUUUAAACUAUUUUGCCCAAUAACAUGUAUUCUCUAACAAUUUCAAACGGCGACGUUUUUUUUUUUUUUUCACGAACAACAAUUCAAGCUAGAUCCAUCCAUAGCCGAAGCCAGAUGUUAUUUUCCUUUGUUUGCGAGCGUCUCGCGUUUGUUCUCGUCCACAAGAAGAUUCAAGGUAAAAGCAUUAAAUUUACUUAAGGAAGCUUCGUUCCUCGUUUGUGCGGUGUGCAAAGAUUGCGCGCAAUUCCCGCUGUUCUCGGAGUGCCGAUGAAGUACGAGUCGUUCAAGAAAUCAACGAAAUGUGCGGGCGCUCGAAUGACUCCAUGGCUGACGCCCGUGGCCACCUUCUACACGCCAGUGCGAAAGAAACUAAAGCACUGUGGAGGCUGCAGGGCGGCUUUGCCAGUAGGAAGGGCGGAAAUUCCUGAAGAUGUGUUCAUUCAUGCUGCAUCAGCUGCUUGGUGUUUUCAUGGCAUCUCUGCACACGUGUUGGGCGAAUGGUUUACCUACCCGAUAGAUGUUGAUCAUAAGCAGAAAACCAGAAGCGGCAGUGGUCUCCAGAAGAGACCCAAGGACCCCAAGCUCUCUGUGACACAAACAGGAAGGGCACUGUGGUGCAUUGAAAACCUGCGCCAGUAGUGCAUUACCAGUGCACUAUGCUGCUGUUUCAUCAAGGAGAAAGGAGGUGACCACCCCCAGAGGAACUUCAUGCUCUACAGUAUGCUUUUGAAUGUCACGUGGAGAAGUGUGGAAGGCGUUCCUCCCAUGGCAGAGCGGUGACCGGAGCGUGAGCUGAUACCUGGCAGACAAGCUGGAUGUCAUUGCAACUGGUGGCGGAAGGAGAAGACGACAAGAUGCUCGUGUGGUUUUGCGUGCCAGGGCUUGAUUGCGUCUUUUCUCAGACUACACUGUUUUUACUUGUACACAUGUAAAAUAAAUAUUGUUUGCUCAAUUUGAGAUAUCAGAAACUAUUGUAAAAGUCAGUUUUCGCCUUACAGAAGAUAGUUUUUAGUAUCCCCAAAUGGACGGUACAAAAUCCUAAUGGGAUCCGAUGCGGAAACCAAAUAUAUUAAAACCGCAUCAUGCAGUUUCCGCAUGACCACAAUUCCGCAUGGCCAUCCGUAUCAUACGGCAUCCGUAAUACCAUAUUUCCAUAUAUAUGGACGCCGUAUAUACGGAGCUUUUGAUGCGGAAACCAUAUAUAUGGAUCGUGCGGAUCCGCAUCAUGCGGAUCCGUACCAUGCGGAUCCGUAAUACCAUAAUUCUGUAUGUACGGAUCCGUAUCUUCCGUACAUACGAAAUUUUU